GCGAAGACGGAUAUAAUGUCAGGACAAAUAGUCUACGUUGACGAAUUGGCUACAGUUGAACAGCCUUCCGGUACACCAAACCAGCCAUAUAAAUCAGUCGUCGACGUACUCACAGAGACACCAGACGCUCAACUAUACGUCCUUAAAAAGCCAGAAGAGGGUCAACCACCUGUCAAGGCAGUUAAAGAGCGUACAAACAUUGACUACGUUCCAAUUUCAGGCGCUGCCUUGAAAAAAGCAAAGAAGACAGUUGAAGUUAAUGCGAAAAACGCUGCUAAGAAAGCACAAAACAAGGAAAGAUUAGAAAAGGAAGAAGCCGAGAGAGCGGAGAGAGAAGCAAAGCGUAUUGAGGAAGCAAAGAAAGUUGUACUCACUUUAGACGAGUCACUUCCAACACCAACAAAGGUAAAAGCAUACCAAUUAGAAAAGCACCGCGACCAACGCAUCAAGAUCUCCGGUUGGGUCCACAGACUUAGAGCCCAAAAGGGUAUGACAUUCAUCAUUCUCCGUGACGGCACAGGAUACCUCCAAGUAGUUUUGACUGGAAAGUGUACAGAAACAUACGACGCACUCACAUUAUCUGUUGAGUCAACAGUCUCUAUCGUUGGUACACUCAAGGCUGUCAAGGAAGGUCAACAAGCACCAGGUAACCAUGAGUUAGUCGCUGAUUACUGGGAAGUCAUGAGCAAAGCUCCAUCCGGUGAUGAAGCAUUCAACAACAAAGUCUCAAAAGACUCAGACCCUUCAAUACAAGCAGACUUGAGACAUUUGGUUUUGCGUGGUGAAACAGCCUCCAACAUUAUGAAAGCCAGAGCAGCAGUUCUCAAGUACUUCAGAGAAGCAUUCGAUUCUCAACAUGUUACCGAAGUCACACCACCAUGUAUGGUCCAAACUCAAGUCGAGGGUGGUGCAACAUUAUUUAAGUUCGAUUACUACGGUACACCAGCAUUCUUGACACAAUCAUCUCAAUUGUAUUUGGAAACCUGUUUAGCUAGUAUAGGUGAUGUCUACUGUAUUCAAGAAUCAUUCAGAGCUGAAAAAUCAUUAACACGUCGCCACUUGUCUGAGUACACUCACUUGGAAGCUGAAUUGGCGUUUAUUGAUUUCAAUGAUCUUCUCAGCCACAUUGAAGAAGUUAUUUGCAUGGUUAUUGACAAAUUACUUGCUGAUCCUAAAAUCUCAGAAAUCGUUUACAAAUUAAACCCAGGUUUCGUCAAGCCUUCACGCCCAUUCAUGAGACUUGACUACAAGGAUGCUAUCAAGUGGUUGCAAGACAACAACAUCCUCAAGCAAAACGAAGAUGAAAAUGGUGACAAAAUCUUCAAUGCUGAUGGAACACCACAAAUGUCUGAACACCAAGUCGGUGACGAUAUUGCUGAAGCUGCUGAGAGAAGAAUGGUUGACACACUCAACGUUCCUGUCUUCUUGACUGGCUUCCCAAGAGACAUUAAGGCAUUCUACAUGAAAAAGGUCCCAGGUGAUGAAGGUUUCACUGAAGCUGUCGACUUGCUUAUGCCAAACGUUGGUGAAAUUGUCGGUGGUUCAAUGCGUAUUGAUGACUAUCAAGAACUUAUGGAGGCCUACAAGCAUGAAGGUAUUGAUCCAGCUCCAUACUACUGGUACACCGAACAAAGGUUAUGGGGUUCAAACCAAUCUGGUGGUUACGGUUUAGGUGUUGAAAGGUUGUUAGCAUGGUUGUUAAACAGAUUCACAGUCAGAGAUUGUUCAUUGUACCCAAGGUGA